AAGUGACGCGCAACCUGCAAAGCGUCCUUUUGGUUUCCAAGGGAACACUGGAACGGAUAGAAGGCAGACGGGCAGGAAUUCGACUUCGAUUCUACACUCCCUGUCCCCCCCUCAGUUCCUUGACGGACAAAACUUACACUGCCUCAACUCUCCAACCACAUCUGACCAAGAUGACUUGACCUGCCUCAACUGGUUACAUCAAAGAGGCAAUUUGCUUCCCCUGCAGCCCUUGCCCAAAACAACACCACUGCCCCAGCUGGAGCCCCAGGAUCCCAUACCUACCCAACACCACCUUCCCUCCCCAUCCAAGCCCCCUUACUCCUUCAGCAGUCUAAUAUUCAUGGCGAUAGACUACUCGCCAGACAAGAGGCUCCCAGUGAAGGGUAUCUAUGAAUGGAUAUUGAACAGCUUCCCCUACUACAGAGCAGCACCUGGGGGGUGGAGAAACUCUGUUCGACACAACCUGUCUCUGAGUAAGAGCUUCCGUCGGAUUCACAGGGACAAGAACCAGUCGGUGGGGAAGGGCUCACUGUGGUGCGUGUGUCCAGAAUAUCGACCCGCUCUUCUGGAGGUGCUUAGGAAGACCCAGUAUUACCACAGCACUAACAGCAACUUACUAAACAACCCUGCAUUGUUGGAGGGAGCGGAUUAUGGAGUAUCUAUGGUGUGUGACACUGUGGCGAUCUCAGAUUCCCUUUCACAAACCCUUCUCCUCUCCUCCCCCUCUCCCCCAGCCUUGACCUCAGACAACCCACCUCUCUCCUCAAAUCCACCUUGCCCUCUGACCCCUGACCAUGAGGAGCUUGUCAAUAUGGAGGCAGUGGAAUAUGAAGAAGAGGUUGGUGAGGAGAUGGAGAAAGACCCCCUGUCAGACAGCGGCUACAUAGAGUUCCAUUACUACCAGUAUCAUCAGUACCAGUAUCUGGUCCUGCCCGGGGACACUGAACUGGAUCUGGAGACUGUAGAGAUCCUGCAGCUGGAUGCUGAGGCCCAAGAGGCUGCUGGGUCACUUCUGGACCUGGCAGGGGGUGGACAUUAGACUGAUCUACAGAUAAUGACAUGCAGUGGGGUCUAAACAAAUUGACCAAUAGACUGGCCUACACUGUGAUGCAAGGAGAUUAUGUGCAACCUGAGUGAUAGAAAUUGACAAUUCGCUGCUGUGUGUUGACACUGCCUGAGAUUUGAUUUGCUGUCAUGAAGUGAUAUAGCUACUAUGAUUGCAAAUCCAAGCCACCCUACCUGAUGCACUGAAACACAUUAAGCCACUCACCACAUUAAUUGACAUAAACCAAACCUUGGCAUAUGCUUUUGGUACAAAUGAGGGAGGAAAAAGAUUGAUGCUGUACCGAUAUGAUGAUACGAAGAAUCGAGACCUCUGUAUUUUGAUGGAAUACUUCCGAUGAAUGAUAAACCUACUGCCAGUUAAUCCACUCUCAGAUUCAGGGGACAAAGAAAGUUAUGUUUAAUUCUCCUGAAUCUUUGUCUGUUCAUGAUUAACAUAUUUUUUUAAUGUUUUAGAUUUUAUAAUGUCUUUACCAGGGGCACCAUUUAUUAAACAUGUGUUCUUGCUGAGAAUAUAUUUGAUUUGUUUGUUUAGAAAGAAACCUUAGACUUCUCAUUCCAUCUAUUUUUCACUUCUCAACUUAACAAUAAAGCACAAAACUUUUAAAAUAUA